GCCGGUGCGGCGCAGUACAAGGGGUGAAGAUGGCGAGGGCGUGGGUACUAGUGGUGCUGGUCUUGGGGAUUCAGAACGCCUUGGCAGCCGACGAUGGCGAACAAGACGUGCCGUACCUGGAGGGCAUCCAGCUGAUUAAAAUCCACAUGCCGCUGUCUCGCCGCAACAGCGGCGGCAGGCCCUGCCCAAGGCCGUGCGCCGGCGGCGGGCGCGGGUGCUCUGGCUCCAACGCCACCACCACCACCUCGACAACCACCACCACCACCACCACCAUGGCGACCGCCACGUCCACCUCGACCAGCACCGACGCUCAUCGUCGGACGACCACGACGAAAUACCCGACGAACGAGAUCGUCGUCCCGGACGCAGCCACCGUCGACGUCAUCUUCGCCAACAUGAGCAGGCUCAACGACAGCGUGACGUCGUUCGGCUUCGGCGGCACGUUCGAGGUGCGCGUGAACCGCAGCCGGCGGGCGGUGGACGUGACCUUGGCGCGGGUGGCCGACGAGGGGCCUGGAGGCGCUCGACGACGCCGAGCCGGCCGGCCCCGUCGACCUGGUCGUGCGCGGGCCCAGCGUGACGGGCAUCGACGAGGACGCUGACAACGCGAUCGACGUCGAGUACGGGGACGACGACGAGGACUACGUCGAGGACGACGCUGGGGACGGGAACGCGGACGACGACUGGAGGAUGGAUGCCGAUGCCGCCGGCCUCGAAGGCCGCUCGCGCUGGAGAAGCUGGGGCCGGGGUCGCCACGGUGGGCGCGGCGGCGGCUCGGGGAGGCGGCGCCGCGGCCACCCCAUCUACAUCAACGGCACCGCGCUCAGCGGCGACGCUCUCUGCAACAUCGACUUCAACACGUCCGGCGUGUUCCAGCUGAACAAGACCAUGACGGAUCGCACCAUGACGGUGAUCAUCACUCAGCUGAUCGCCACGGGAGGACAGCUGGGCGCGGCUCGCCACGGGCUCCUGUUUGGCGCGACAGAUGACACGGUAGCGAACUCUGGCGGCGUCCCGAUGACAGCCGUGAUGAUCGUCGCUGGUGUCACCGCGCUGGUCGUCCUGAUCGCGGCCAUCGUGGUGACGCGCAUGCGCAGUCGCGCCCACCGCUCGUCGUUCGUGCGCGUUGGCCACGGAUACGGAACGAUCGAAAGGCCGUCCGACGCCAGCAACUACUACGGCAUCCAUACCGCUACACCGUAGCGACCGGCCCGUCGGUGGCGCCAGCGACGCUCGCCGACGCCCGCCUGAAGUUCAGGGCAUGUAUCUGACGCCGUAGAAGGCAAACGUGCCAACGGGUGGUGGUGGUGGAAGGACUAAUGCUUGCUUGGAGCGUAGGGAAGACGCGCGCCAUCCCAGACAACGAAUGCCGCUGGUGCAACCCUUUCUUUUCGCAUAGGACUCUCCCGCUGGAACGUGAAGACGAGUGCCAUUCCCGAUUCUAGCCGUCCGUGCCAGCCACCAGCGGACCGCCAGUGAUGCGACUCAUACUAUCUUAUCGCUGCUUUGCUACCCGUACAACUGGAUGUUUCUGCAAUGGGUGCAAAGUCUAGUGUUUACUUGUGUGUGUGUGUGAGGGCCACAGGGGCGGAGUCUGACGGUCGGGCUGAUUACCACGUCAUGAGUUACGCUCAGUGCGUGCCGAAGACGCUGCGCCUGCAGUGGACGAGUUUAUGCUGUGGUUCUCUGAUGGAUGAUCUGACUUCAUAGUGUUUACCGAUUUGUCGGGCCAGCGUGCCUCGCUGCCUUUCUCGUGCCUCUGUACUCAUGACACGACGCCAAUACACGAGCAGGCCUUGG